AUGGAGGGCACAGGAGACUCGAGCGGGGGAGCAUCAUCGGUUGGGAUGGGGCGCGCCGAGGGUCCCAAGGGCUUGGUGGCGGCCACAUAUGCCGAGGGGGCAGUGGGUGUCAAACACUUGGCGGCUUUGCGGUCGAUCGAGUUGCCCUUUUUUGCAUUUCGCUGCCUCCAGCUGAUGCCCCGCUUCUCCGAAAGCGACCACGAUCGCAUUUACGAGGCCUUGGAGACGGCUUUUGGAAGCCCUUUGCUGGGCGCCGUGGACCCCAUCCUCGGGGAUGCUGCCGAUGCGACAGAAGAAGCGUCAGAGGAUCCACUGCAAGUACUCCUCAAUGGCACGCUGGCUCAGCGGCUCAAAGCCGUGAGCCUUCUUCUGGCUGACCAAAACCUGCCUGAUCUGGAAGCACGUGUGCUUGCCUCUGAUGACGUCGCUGCGACCUUUGCUCUCAUUCUUGCCCACGGCCUCUCCAGUAUGUCACCCAUCAAGUCAUCUGCUGCUCUCCGACCCCUUAUGCAUGCCAAGUGUGCUCACCCCACCUUGUCUCCGCUGCCUCGCGGCGGUGUAGAUGCCGAACUGCGAUUGAACAACGUCCAAGUGCUUGCCGCACUUUUAACGGCAGGGCCCCGUGCUCACGCCAUGGUGCUUCUCAUGGCCCGUAACCGGGCCCUGACCCUGAGCGAACUGCUCGAGGCCAUCAUACCCAUUCUCGUCAAGAACAAAAACACUCAACCGGCCAUUGUGCAGCUGCUUUGCGAUCUGCUUGCCCUUCACCCCGAUCAGCGAGCCGUUGUUGCGUACGACCUCUUUUUGCGCCAUCGCUCACAACAACAACAACAACAACAACAACGACCUCGUGCUCACCCAACCACCUUAUGUGCCUGCCCGCGUGACCGCUUUGAUCCAUUAGAGCGUCACUUUCACCCACCACCUGGACCGCACUGGUACACCACGCGCAAGUUUUGGCCAAACACCACGAUCGCCACUCGGAUGAUCGCGGAGCCUGGCAUGCCUUUGCUGACUUUUGUACCCGAGCGGUGGACCCAGCCACUGCCACUCCCGGACACGAUGGCGCAGGCACACCGUUUGAAGCAAGACUUGUUUACCAACACGCGACACAAUGAUCAAGAAGAUCGCAUGCGCGUUCUUUUCCUCCUCGCCACCCUCAUUGGGGGACGGAGCAGCCUCCUCGUUGAUGCAGACCUUCUCCAGCAAAAUCUGAAGCAUAUCACCGCGGGUGAAGCCCAGACGGGCCAGACCUUUGCACCGAUCCUGGACUUUCUCAUUGCUCUCAAUCUUAACGAGUACGCCACCAUCGUCAAGUGGUGUCAGCAAGCCUUUGGUGCCGUGGCUCAGGUGGACUUGUUGCAGCAACAUGAACUAUUGCUACGCGGCACCCUCGGCCGACGUGGGCGCUUGCACAAGACGGCAACGCGCACCGCCCCGGUCGUGUCCGAACUGGACACGGAACUGCGACGCCUUGAGGUGGAAUUUGUGAGCAAAGCCUUUGCAGCCCGUCAAAUCCAUGCCGUCGAUGCCCUCGUCUUUCCCUGGAUUGAGCAACAGGUGUGGUUUGAGUCCCAUUGCGGCCGCAUCACUCCCGCACUCGUCAAGGUUCUUGUGCAAUGGUCCAUCAUGUGCGUCGAGCCCAUGGGUACACCACGUUCAGGCCACUACCAGCCUCCUCGUAUGGAGCACGCCGCAUUUUGUCGCCGCCUUCAACCACUUACGGUUUGGCCGCAAACCCGUCUGACAAAGCUUGCCUCGCUCAAUGCCGUGGCGCGGGCAUGCGCUUUGCUGUACGCCCUGUCUGUCAACGAUGCAAUCAGCGAGUUGCGCGCUCGUGGGUGUGCGCAUCAUGAAGGGGCUACCAAUCCAGCCUUGGCCCGUCGCGAACCGUACACGCUUGCGGAUUUGCUGGCGCUUGAUGUGGCUGCUGUUUAUCGCCAAGUUCGCACGCAGCCGCAACUGGCAGCCCUUCGUGCGCCGCUGCUGGCCCUGAUCGAAACUCGCUUCUCGGCCCUUGCAUCACACGAUUUUGCCCUUUUCGUGGAACCCCGACCUCUGAGUCUCACGACGCGGCCCAAGCUUUCCCUGCCUGAGACUCUUGAAGACGAGGGCCCCGUUUUGCACGCGCUGCAAGUGGUGGCGGCCCAUGGCACUCUUGACGACGUUGGACUGCUCACCAGGGUGGCCAAAUGGAUCAAGGCGCAUGCUGAUGAAGCCACGUCGGCAGUGCUUCAGGCUUUUCAGGAGGCGCUCCUUGCGCUGAAGCAGCGCUUUCACAUCAAUCUUGACUUGAGCUCGUUGCUUCUGCCUGCGUGGCUUCCCAAUGCCACCCUCAUCCGCGCCCCCGAGGAAGACUUGAGCUCGGAUCCGCUCCUCUUUUUGCACCUUGCCCCAGCGGUUUUGGUUCGCCCGCCCCUGCUUCGCCUACUGCUGGCUGCUCUGCAAACGACGCUCAUCAAUCACAGUCAGAUGCUGCAAGGUCAAGCCGACGCCCUGGCCCAGCAGCCGCAGCGUAAACGGCGCAAGCCCGAUGAGGACGUGGGUGAGAUUUGCAAGACCUUGCAGUGGAACACCGUCGCUGCGUUGCUGCUCUUUCUCUGGGAGCUCCCCUACGCGCCAGGCGUGCGCGACGCACAGGAGCGCACGGCCUUGUGUCACGACAUUGGCCUUUUUACCCAUCGGCAACUCAUCUUGCAUAAGGACCUUCUGCCCCAGCUGAUGUACUGCAAACUGGCUUUCACCACCUUGCCUGACUUUGUCGAGCACGUGCCUGCGGCGCACGUGGCCUUUGACUACUUGAGCGAGCUUUUGGGAGAGGCGGACCACGUCAUUCAGCUCGGGGCCGUACACUUGGCUGCUCUGUUGGCGCACAAGUAUCGGCUCCCGCGUGCCCUGCAGCUACUCAACGAGGCACUGGGUCAGGUGCCUUAUCUUUUGGUGCGAGCAUCGCAACGCCAAGCCACGCGAUUGGCACUUGAGCGACUUUGCCCCUGCUUUCGGCUGAUGUGUGAAGCCUUUCCGCGUCUGCGCCAAGCAUGCCUUGAUGUUCUGAAGCAGGCUUGCACUAGCCUCGAGGAUCCUUUCUUAGCAUAUGAGGAGCGCACUCAGCUGUUUGCUGUGUUGCGUCAGACCGGAAUGGAGCUGGAACGGGACGUUUUGGUGCCCCAUGAUGAUGCACCGUUUGCAUGA